UCAGCCCCCCUGAGAUUCAAUAUCUGAUGGAAAUGAACGAAUUUCAGUAAAAUUUACAGAAUUGAAACUGUGAAACACAGAUGGAUUAGACCAGAAUGAGGUAGCUGUAGAGAUAGAUACUUCUACAGUAGAGAGAGAGAUCCGAGCUGAGACUGUGAACUGAAGAAGAAGACAAUCUAAUACAACCACCACCAAAGGGAUCGAGUCAACUCUCUCUCUCUCUCUCUCGAACAGCUGCUCAAAAAGCUCUUAAUCGAUUCAAAAAUUUCAGAUUUGAGCUCAGCUGUACUGGAGUAGAGAUCAGGUUGUUGAAGUAUGAUUAUCUUUAUUUGACCAUUACAAAUGUUUAGUUUGGUAACGUUGAAGUAUAUUCCUUUAUAUUCAAGCGGAAUUUAGUAAUGACAAGCUAAAAGCCCAAUGACUUUCUGGGGUUUCUUGUUUAUAAAACCCUAAAACAAUUGUCCGACGUUCAUUGGACAAUUUGUAUGAAUUCUCUGAUGUAUGAGUUUUGUAGCUUGAAUUUCAAUAGAAAAAUGGAGGAGCUAUAGCUUUGGUUGAAGUCACGAAAGAAAAGAAGAUCAAAUUAAUGGAAGAUUGGUCUAAAUAUGCCCAUAGUCCUGCGCACUUGGCAGUUGCACGGCGUGACUAUGCUGGCCUCAAACGGAUUAUUUCGACCGUCCCCCAACUUGCCAAGGCUGAUGAGGUUAAUACAGAGAAGGAAUCCCUUGCUGCUGAGCUGCAGGCUGAUGCUGUGUCUGCAGUAAUUGAUCGGCGGGACGUUCCAUGCCGCGAGACCCCCCUGCACCUCGCGGUGCGUCUCCGCGAUCCGAUAUCAGCUGAGAUUUUGAUGGCAGCUGGGGCGGACUGGAGUCUUCAGAACGAGCAGGGAUGGAGUGCGCUCCAAGAGGCGGUUUGUACUCGUGAGGAAAAUAUUGCUAUGAUCAUUGCCCGGCACUACCAGCCCCUUGCUUGGGCAAAGUGGUGUCGUCGGCUUCCUCGAAUUGUUGCCUCCGCAGCUCAAAUUCGUGACUUUUACAUGGAGAUAACUUUUAAUUUUGAGAGCUCAGUGAUUCCAUUUAUUGGUCGGAUUGCCCCGUCAGAUACAUAUCGGAUUUGGAAACGUGGGUCCAAUCUCCGUGCUGAUAUGACCCUUGCAGGUUUUGAUGGUUUCCGCAUCCAGCGGUCUGAUCAAACUUUUCUCUUUCUUGGAGAGGGAUGCACGAUGGAAAAUAGAAAUAUAUCUUUACCUCCUGGUUCCUUGAUUGUGCUUGCUCACAAGGAAAAAGAGAUCACCAAUGCUUUGGAGGGAGCUGGUGCUCAACCAUCGGAAGCCGAAGUUGCCCAUGAAGUGGCCAUGAUGUCUCGAACUAACAUGUAUAGGCCGGGAAUCGAUGUAACUCAGGCUGAGCUUGUUCCCCAUUUGAAUUGGAGGCGGCAAGAGAGGACUGAGAUGGUUGGAACCUGGAAGGCCAAGGUCUAUGAUAUGCUUCAUGUUAUGGUGAGCGUGAAGUCCAGGAGGGUUCCUGGUGCUAUGACUGAUGAAGAGCUCUUUUCAGUGAAUGAUGAUGAAAGGAUUGUUAAUGGGGGUGAACACAAUGAGGAUGGCGACAUAUUAACGCCAGAGGAAAGAAUGCAGUUGGAUUCUGCACUUUGCAUGGGGAAUUCACAUGGUUUUUGUGAGGACGAAGAACCUCAGGUUCAGGAUUGCCAUGAAAAUGGGGAUGGGGGUUCGUUUGAAACUUGUGAAUCCAAUGUUAUCUUCAAGGAGAAGAAGAGUUGGUUUGGUUGGAACCAGAAAGGUUCAAAGAAAGAAGGUGAUGAUCUCGAAGAUUCAAAGAUUCCACAGAAGUUCUCAAAAUUGGCUCCCGAAGGGAGCAAUGAACGACGCAAUGAUAGUCAAAGAUCAUUGUCUGAAUUUCCCAAGGAAGAUAUGGGGGAUCUUAAAAAGAGCAAAGAUAAAAGCACCAAGAUGAAAAAGAAAAAAGGGUCGGCAAGUGAGCCUAAGCAUGAGAGCGAGUAUAAGAAAGGUUUAAGGCCUGUUUUGUGGUUGACACCAGAUUUUCCCCUGAAAACAGAAGAGCUCUUACCCUUACUUGACAUCCUGGCCAACAAGGUAAAAGCUAUUAGGAGGCUGAGGGAGCUCUUAACUACUAAACUACCUCCUGCCACAUUUCCUGCCAAGGUUGCCAUCCCAAUUGUCCCAACCAUUCGGGUCCUUGUCACUUUUACAAAGUUUGAGGAGCUUCAGCCACUGGAAGAAUUCUCAACUCCUCUCUCCAGCCCUGUACAUUUUCAAGAUGCUAAGUCUAAGGAGUCAGAGGGGUCCACAUCAUGGAUUUCAUGGAUGAGAGGAAGCCGAGGCGAGCAAUCAAGUGACUGUGAAAGUCGCAGCUUUAGGGAUGAGAUUGACCCAUUCCGCAUACCAUCAGAUUAUGCUUGGGUGGACGCUAAUGAGAAAAAACGCAGGAUGAAAGCCAAGAAAGCAAAGAGUAAGAAGCAUAAAAAACAAGCAGCUGCUAGAAAUCUGGAUGGUGGCCACCAGUUGAGUGAGGAUUUGAAAGAAUAGGGGUACAGACAAUUCUUAUUGGUACAAUGCUGCUUUAGGAUCUUCUAUAAGAAGAGGAGGUAAGGCACAUUCCUUGCUUGUGUGACCUAAUGUUCUUCCUUCGGGGUUGGUGGAAGGGUUUAGGGGAUACUUGUUAGAGGAUUGGUUCUUUUUGAUGAAGGAGAUCUUAUCUUUUUCCAUUGUUGUAUUGUUAUGUGAUGUGAAAUUGGUGAGUAACAGAAUCUUCACCUUAAAGCUUUGUUUCUGUGGUGAUUUUUUUUAUAUUGCUCCCUGUAUCGAUAUCUCAAACUCCUAGUGGUUGAAAU